AUAGAGUUUCAAGAAAACAAACGUUGAAAUAUCCGCAUGUUUAUAUUUUCAAAUAUGGCCGUCCUAGUCAGGAUGUCUUUUAUUUUCUUAUUCGGAUUUACACAAUGCAAGAAAUGUAAUGAAAACCUUAGCUUAAGAUCGACAACAACACUAUCACAAAGUUCGACGUACAGUAAUCGAUCUGCGUCAAAUGCCAAUGAUGGGUACUUGGCAACAGGAUUCGAUGAUUGUGCCCAUACUCUUCAUGGGAAUCCUAUAGCCUGGUUUCAAGUGGAUCUGGGAGAAGAGUACAGCAUAACAAACGUCAAAAUAUACUCUAGAAAAGAAGUUGACUGGUCCCCAAUCCGAUUUAAACAUUUUUAUCUGGACGUCUCUAACUCAUCAGCUGCAGUGACUACCACGUCAGAGAGAACUCGAUGUUAUACUGACAGAUCCACGGGAUUACCUGACAAUGUAAUAGACAUUCCAUGUAAACAAACGGCAAGAUACGUCAUUGUAGAAACAACAUACGACACGCCUGAAGAUGAUCCUGAGACAGGGGCCAUCUUGGAAAUUUGUGAAAUACAAGUUUACAGUAUGUAUUGUAAAUGA